AGUACAUAAUUAAUAGAGUACUCAUAGUUAUAAUAGGAAAUUUGAAAUUGGCAAUCAUGUAAAUUCAUGACAAGCAAGAAUAAAUAAGGUUUGUAUUUCAGUAGACAAAACGUGUCUAUCAAAAUUACUCUUUUCUCUUAAAUCUCGCUGAAGAAACUUCCGACUCUCUCAACAAACCAACCAGCAUUAUUCAUCAUUCAUCAUUCAUCAUUCAUCAUUCAUCAUCAAAGUCAUCGUCUGCAUCUCCUCUUUUUCUCUCUAUACAAUCGCAGAAUCUCUCUCUUUCUUCUCUGUAAUCUCCUCUUUUUCCAGCUAUGGCAACGAUCGGCCACAACAAUCUAAAUGCUAAAUUGGUGCUUCUUGGAGAUAUGGGUGCUGGAAAAUCUAGCGUCGUUCUUCGUUUUGUCAAAGGUCAAUUCCUCGAAUUUCAGGAAUCAACGAUCGGAGCCGCGUUUUUCUCGCAGACAUUAGCGGUGAAUGACGCGACAGUAAAGUUUGAGAUAUGGGAUACUGCAGGUCAAGAGAGGUACCAUAGUUUGGCUCCUAUGUAUUAUAGAGGCGCUGCUGCUGCAAUUAUUGUCUACGACAUUACUAGCUCGGAUUCUUUUUCUCGUGCUAAGAAGUGGGUACAGGAACUUCAAAAGCAAGGGAAUCCAAAUAUGGUCAUGGCACUCGCGGGGAACAAAGCUGAUUUGGAAGAAAGAAGGAUUGUUUCAGCUGACGAAGCACGUAUGUAUGCUGAAGAGAAUGGUCUUUUCUUUAUGGAAACAUCGGCAAAAACAGCUCAGAAUGUUAAUGAGAUAUUCUAUGAAAUAGCUAAAAGAUUACCAAGGGCCCAACCGGCACAGAAUUCAGCUGGAAUGGUUCUUGUUGACCGACAAGGGGAUGGUGCCAAGUCUUCAACAUGCUGUUCUUAAGCAUUAUGCAGAGUUAUUACAUUUUCAGCAAUCAAGCUGUAAAUGAAGUGAGUGUUUUGGUUGAUCAGGAAAAGUGUUUCAGAAUAGGAGAGAUCAGAGAUGCCAAGAACUCCAGCGCUGUUACGACGCAAAUCAUGAAUAUAUAUUCGUGGGUGUUACAUCUUUGGAUCUUAGAAAAUUGUAAAGUGGUGUGUAACUUUGCUUACUGAAGCUUAUUUUUACUACUGCUUGAGCUCAAAUAUAUUAUGCUUGUUUUUGUAUUAUGUUGUCAGAAAUUGCUGCAAGUAUAUAUUGUUCGUUUUAUAAGUUUAUGGUUUAUUAUUAGAGAUAUUCAAAACUUGAUUUUGCACCGUUGAUGCGAGAAAGAAUCAUUGAGACCCAUGAAUGCUCAAAUCGGAGUGAAAAUGGAUCUGGGAACAAAUGCCAAUCGAAAUGCAAAGAGUAUUUUAGAAUUGCAUCUUAAAGUGCUUGUUUUGAACACAAUCCUAAUUGAUUGAGAAUUGAAUUCGGAUAUUUAUGGCUGAAUGAGAAUUCGAAAUGA